AUGGCAUCCGAGUCUAAGGGAGCUACAGGGAUACGAGCUGGCCUCUCCCGAAUACGACUAGUACUUAUCGGGGUGAUAUUAGCGUAUGGGUUGAAGUAUCAUAUGCGUAGUUUGAUUAUAUCAUGUAUUAGCGUUUGCAUAGUUGGAGGUUUAAUCAUUUUUUAUGCCAUUAGAUCCAAUGUGGAGUAUGAACCGGUUCAAUUAAGAGCACCUGUGAAAAGGUUCCAAUUCUUAAACAGAAGCAAUUGGAGCCAACAGAAGAAAUUACUCCAUUCAAAGCCAAUAGACACUGCCGUAGUGGAGGAAUCGUUUUUAAUUUCGGAAACUGUUGACGAUAUAUGUAACCUUGUGAUUCAAGAAUUUGUUGAUGGAUGGUUCCAUCAUGUGUCACAAGAUCGAGAGCUAUUCCAAAUGGCCAUACAUCGUGAAUUGGCGCAUGUUUCAACAAACCUUAAGGACAGGCUUAAACAAGUGGAUUUUGCCAAAUUGUUUGCAAUGCAACUAUUGCCAAUUAUUAAUAAACACUUUGACGGGUUUGUAAGAGCUGAAAAAUUAUCUGGAGGAAGCUCUGGUAAGCUUCCUGGCAAUGAUAUGGAGCGACAUGUUGCUAUUGCUCAGCAAUAUGAAUCCAUCCAUCGUGGUGUCACAAUUCCUAAAUUGGGGAGUGUAACCACUUCAGAUGGCAAUGAAAGGAAAUUUUUCCGAGAAAUAGUCACCAAAAUAAUAUCAAAUCUUCUAAGUGAAGAUGAAAGGGGGAAUGUACUAGUGUUUUCGUUGGUGAGAGAAAUUUUAACUUGUACAAUUUUGACCAAUGUAUUUCUGAUGUUAAGUGAAGGAGAUUUUUACAAUUUAUUAAUUGUGAAGUUAAUUGGUGAUAAUCUUAAACAUAGAACUCAAGUACAAAAAUUGAGAGAGGCUCUUGCAGAGCAUACUAAUAGAUCUGGGAUCAAAUCCACCGACUCUAAUAAUACCACUGACUUAUCUUCCACCACAGCCAACACAAGCAAUAACUCUAGUACAAUCAUGUCUACUGGUGCUGUAAUGUUACUAUCUUUUCUGGAAAAUACAGAUACUCCAACUUUUAGAAAAAUAUUGAGGAAUAUCACUCAAUUAACCUCCUUGUCAGAUUUGGCAAGAAUUCAAUCUCAAGUCACCAGCAAGCUUGCAAUUGCUAAAAUGGGAUCCACAUAUGAAAGGAGGUUGAAAGCUAUACUUUCUGAAACUUUACGAAUGGUCUCUGAAUGUGAAAAGAUUCAUAAUGAUGCUGAAGUGAACUUGUCACAAAUUUUGGAUAAUGCUAUUUCCAAUAAACUCUUUGAAGAGUAUUUAAACCAUCACAAACGUGGAGUCUUGAUACAAUUUUGGAAAGCUGUAGAAAAUAUUAAGGCUCCAUUAGAAGAUGCGGAACUAUAUGAUGACGAAGAAGAUCCUAUUUCUCUUGCAUUCUCAAACUCAGAGGAUAUUAACCGAAUCUACACACAUUUCUUUUAUAAUCUGGUGUUAAAUAUCAAUCGGGCUUCAAUCGAAACAAUGGAGAAAUAUAUAGAGUCUCGCGGAGAGAAGGAAAGAACAGAAACAUACCAUUUGGCAAGAAAGGAGCUCUUACGUCUCCAACUUGAAGUAUAUCAAAGAAUGAAAGAUGAGGAUUUCCCAGGUUUCAAACGGUCAGAUUUAUAUACGAAAGUGAUUGAUAUUUUCCGUAAAAGGGAAAUAAAAAGAACUACGGAGAAGGUCGUCGGGCCAAGAUAUACAGAAGAUCGGGGUGAAGAGGGUGAUGUGGAGGACGAUAACGGUGACAACGAAGAGUUUGACAAUGAUAAAGUUAGCCCUGUUGUAAUCAAAGCAGUCGAAGAUGCAUUCACAGAGAUCAUGAGAAGUUCCAAUUAUAAGAAUGAAAGGGACAUUGGGACCGCUAAUGAAGUACCUAUUCAGCUGCUGAAGUUACUGCAAGUCCUGGGAAAUCUUUCUGAACCGGAUAGGAAUCCUCUGACACUUCAUUUGAAAAAAAAUCUUUUUGGAGGAGCUUCCAAUACAUUAGUAGGCAACCGUCUGUCAAGACUAUUUGACGAUGAUGUAAGUGAAGAAGAAGAAGAAGAAGAAGAAGAAGAAGAAAGAGGAACUAAAUAUGUGGAAAAAGAGGAACAUGGUGAAAAUUCGGAUGACGAAGGAGAUGGUGAUGAAAUUGAAAAGGAAAAACGUUCCAAUUCUGGACUUGAUAAUGAUUCAGUAUCAAGUUCUCCAUUGGAUAACUCAUUGGAUGGACUUGAAACACUGUUACUGCUGUCGGGUCUUUUAUCUAAAGAUGAUACAAUGUCUGAUCUGCAAGUUUUUCUUGCCGCACCAGGAAAUCUUCGUCUUACUGAAGAAAUUGCCAAGUUAGACAAGGAGAUCGAUACUCUUAGUGAACAAAAUUCUAUUCUCUUACCAUUACUUAAAAAGGCCGAACUUACCAAUAACGUGGGAGAACUUAAGAUUCUCCGUAAGUCGAAAAUUAGUUUGGAUAGAGAGAUCAGUUCAAAAGAAUUACAAAAACAACAAUACAUUGUCCAAGAGAGUGAUAACAGCUUGUACGGGAAAUCAAGAGUGUCUAUCCAAUCGUAUAUUAGCGGCAGUGACGGAGGAAAAGAGGUUAUACUUUACAUUGUAGAGGUACAGAAGCUUUCAUCCGAUAAUCCUGACGUUGUUACGGCAGGAUGGAUUGUUGCAAGACGUUUCAGUCAAUUUUACAAGCUCAAUGAGUACUUGAAGGGGAGAUAUUCACAAUUCUCUUCUAUCAAGUUUCCUACAAGGGCGGUCCUGAUGUUGAAAUUUCAACAAAAACAAAUUGUAGAAUUAAGAAAAAUUGCACUUGAAGAAUAUCUCCAAGAAAUUAUUCAAAUCCCACAAGUUUGUUCUGAUAGGGCAUUCAGAGCAUUCCUUCUGUCUGAGAAUUUCAAUAUUCGAAAGAAUCAAUUUGAAGAAACAUCAAAGAGUAUGGAGAUGGUGGCCAAUACAUUUAUGAGAAUGAUAGUACCAAGUAGUGGCAACAACACCAAUUCGUCUAAUAUUGGAUCAUCUAUGAAUAGUCAAACCAAAACUUCAACACAAGUAAAUCCACAAAUGUUGGAGAACUUUGCAGAAAUGCAGAAGGAAUUGAGGAUGUUUGAUGACACUAAUGAUCGAGGAUCGUUUGUCAAGCCGAUUUGUGAUGUUCUUAUCUCAGUAUUUAAGCUCAAAACGUCAAAGACAUGGCUCCGAGGACGUGCACUUGUAGUAAUUUUGCAACAAGUAUUUGGAACUACGAUUGAGAAAAAGGCGUACGAGAUUGUACAACAACAACUUUAUCGCGAGGAGACUGUAUUGGAUAUUUUGACUCAGAUUCAACGAACCGUAUUUCCCAAUGGGAAGUUCAAAGAUCCACCGGUUAUAAGAUCACUAUACGAUCGAUCUAGCACGAAACAGGAAGCUUCAGUACUUUUAGACGUGUUUUUCCGUGAGACUUGUUCCAAAUUAUUUGGAACAACCAAUACAUUAUAUGCAUCAUCCACAAUCUUUGAUAUGUUACAAAAUGAUAUUCUCAACAAACAUUUAAUAUUUGAACUAUUUGAAACUAUAAUUGGCGAGAUCAUACCAGAGAUUUGA